CUGAUUUUGUCCAACAAUUUCUUUUUCUGUAGCUGAAUUACAGAAGAACUCAUGAAUGUGGGAGCUUAAGAUUUCACAAUUUCUGCACCACUAUCAUCAUGAGUUCUGAGAGGAAGCUGUGUUUUAUGACAUGGAAUUCAAAUGGACUCCAAGUAAAUAGGGAGGAAAAGAAACGUAAAAUAGGAAAAUGUGAUGUGGUUUUUCUUCAAGAGACACAUUCAAGUGAAAGUGAAAUUUUAGAGGUGCUGGAUGAUUAUAAAUCAUUCUACACCACACAAACAUCAAACACUACAGGAGUUGCUAUAUUAAUAAAAACAAACAUAUUGGAAGAAGAAUGCUCAAUAGAUAAAGAUAUUCAUGGCUGCUACAUCUUGGUUAAAUGUAUCCUGAAUGGACAACUAUUUACACUUAUGAGUGUUUACAAUCAUCAUAUAAAUAUAAGACCCCUAAUGAAGCUCACAAGUGUACUUGAGAAGCAUGCAGAGGGCAUCUUGCUGAUCGGAGGAGAUUUUAAUGUUGCUCUGAAUCCAUACCUGGACAGAACAUCUAGAACGAAGAAUCCAGACCACUUACACUUCAGACCAGUUGUAGAGAAAUUAAUGACAUCUUUUCAUCUUGUUGAUGUGUGGAGAAGACUUCACCCAACAGACAGACAAUAUUCUUACAAGCAAAACAGUGACAAUGAUAUCAGGAGUUCAAGAUUGGACUAUAUUUUUGUUACUGAGGAAUCAAUGCAAUAUAUUGAAAAGUGUGUUAUUUCACCAUGCACAUUCUCUGACCAUCGUCCAGUUGUGCUUAAAAUCUGUAUGUCCGAUAAAGAAAGCAAGAAACGAGAAGUGUGUGUGGAUAUCACUGAACUGGAGACCAGAAUGCAAAUAUUAAAACUUCAGGAAAAAGUUGUUGAUAAAUGGUUGAGUUGUAAACGUAAAUACUGGCCGAAUCUUGAUUUGACUUUAAAUCCCCACAUAACACCACUGAUCAGUGACAGUGAAGUUCUACAGGCAAUUCAGUCUUUGAUAGUUACCGAAGUUGAACGUCCUGAUAGUUUACCAGUCGCCUUUUAUAAGACAUAUUCAUAUGUUCUCAUUCCACGUUUGUGUGCCUAUUUUAACAAAAUACUGCAGGAACCAACAAACAUUCCAAAGGCUUUCACUAUGAGAUAUAAAGUAUCUAUGACCCAUUACAUAUUUAAUGUUGACUAUCUGAUUUUGGCCACAAUCAUGGCCAGGUGGCUUUAUGAGCACUUGCAGUCCCAUUCAGCAGACUACGCUAUUGGUAUCACAAAAAAGACAGUGUUGUUUUCCCUGAAAGUACCAAUCAAUGUCUUGUGGUCUUCCUUAAAUGGUUUACUGGAUGAAGAACAAGAUAAACAAAGGACAGAACCACCUUUACAUAAUAAAUUUAAGAUUUGUGUUCUUCACAAGAUCCUGAAAGACUGUCUCAACACAGAAUACAAAUCACUUUACUUUGGUUGUCCUCUGACUCCAGUCUUGAUUACACUGUAUCUUAAACAUGUUGCUAAUAAAAUGAUCAAAAAAGCAAAAAACCAAAGAACAUCUAUCCAUAUUUCUAGAGAGAAUGUCAUUGUUACAUUUUCUGAAGAAUUUGAUUUAUUAGAAAACUUUAAAGAAAAAUUGAACUCUGUUGAGUUUACAAUUCUUGAACCUGAUUCAAGCAAAUAGAUUACGUUUAGAAAUGAUUUUGUGGUUUCUCAUGUUUUUAGAUAAUCAUUUAAAAAUGUAUAUAAUCAUUUAAAAAGAGCUAUUCAACAUGUCUGUGAUAAAAAAUAUUUUUGUAAAUUAGUCUGCAUGCCUUUAAAGGAAUGUCUCCUUUUAGAUCAUUUUUGACAGUAUUAAUAUUUUAUUAUUGUAUUAUUUUUGUUGUAGGGCUAAGAUUCUAUAUUGUAAAGCAUUUAUGUUUGUAAGACAAGUUUGUUUUAGGUAUAUCUGUAUACGUUAUUGUUUUCAUAUAGAAAGUAGACUGACUUGUUUCAAUAUUUGAAUUGUGUGGAUGAGCUGUGUCCUGACAAGGAGAAUAAGAAUUUUUAAAAAGGACAGAAAAUGCCAUUUCCACAAUUUAA